CUGUGCGCUCUGAUUGGCUGAGGCUGCAGUGAUGCUCUCUGCAUCCCGCUCCCAAAGCCAGGGCAGGAGAGUGAGUGAGGGCGGGGAGGCUUGGAAGCGCGGCCGGGAAAAUCAUCAUAACACUUGGGGGGGUGGGGGGCAUUUAAAAAAAAAAAAGGAAAAAAAAUCAUUUUCAACCCUUUCCUCAUCUGGAAAAGAUGUUUACACUCAACAUGUCUGCAGAAACAGAAGAAGCUGCUCUUACCAGCUCGUGACUGCUUCUUCAGAAAAACAACGUCCUAACACGGCACCGAGAGGCUGAUCAGCACCUGGGAAAGUCUCACCUUUACUCUCCGUCAACAGUGAGCAGGUUAACCCAAAGGCCACGAGCAUGCCCGUCAACGACCCGGAGAGUAUUCUGAGCUACCAGAGGCCAGAUGAGGAGGUGGUGGUAGACCAGGGAGGGACCAGCUCAGUACUGAACAUCCACUAUGAGAAGGAGGAACUAGAAGGCCACAGGACUCUCUUUGUGGGCGUCCGGAUGCCCAGGCAGAGCCAUCGUCACCACAAGCCUCAUGGCUCUCGGCACCGCAAGAGAGACAGAAGGGCGGGAAGCAUUGCGACGCAACAAAGUGAAGAAACAGAGACGACCACCUUGAGUCAUGACACGCCGUCCCAGCGGGUUCAGUUCAUUCUGGGCACAGAGGAGGAUGCUGAACAUGUGGCCCACGAGCUGUUCACUGAGCUGGAUGAGAUCUGUGUGAAGGAUGGCAAAGAUGCCGAGUGGAAGGAAACAGCCAGGUGGCUGAAGUUUGAGGAAGACGUGGAGGACGGCGGGGAGAGGUGGAGCAAGCCCUACGUCGCCACUCUCUCCCUCCACAGCCUGUUUGAGCUCCGCAGUUGCAUCAUAAAUGGCAGCGUGUUGCUUGACAUGCAUGCUGACUGCAUCGAGGAGAUUGCGGACAUGGUGCUGGACCACCAGGAGGCAUCCAAUGAGCUGGACGACAGCGUGAGGGUGAAGGUGCGUGAGGCUCUGCUUAAGAGACACCACCACCAGAACGAGAAGAAGAAAAACCUGAUCCCCAUCGUGCGCUCUAUCGCUGAGGGAACCCGCAAACAGUCAGAGACCCAUCUGACAGCAGGGUCAGCUACAUCUCCACAGCUUCCACCACCUACAGAGCCAGCUAAGAACGGUGGCGGACAGGACAGCACCCAAGUGGACCUUAGCAAGGUGGACAUGCACUUCAUGAAGAAGAUCCCAGAAGGUGCAGAGGCCUCCAAUGUACUGGUGGGAGAACUGGACUUUCUGGAGAGGCCCAUUGUGGCCUUUGUCCGCCUGUCCCCUGCUGUGCUGCUCACUGGACUCACUGAGGUCCCCAUACCUACCAGGUUCCUCUUCAUUCUCUUGGGCCCAGAUGGUAAGGCUCAGCAAUACCACGAAAUUGGACGCUCCAUGGCAACCAUCAUGACGGAUGAAAUCUUCCAUGAUGUAGCCUAUAAGGCAAAGGACAGAAGUGACCUGCUGGCUGGCAUAGACGAGUUCUUAGACCAGGUGACAGUCCUACCACCAGGAGAGUGGGACCCCUCUAUCCGCAUCGAGCCCCCCAAAAAUGUCCCCUCUCAGGAGAAGAGGAAGAUGCCCGGAGUCCCCAAUGGCACAGCCUGCCUGGUGGAGGAAGAGCUACAUGCUGAGCACCAUGGGCCAGAGCUGCAGAGAACUGGAAGGUUGUUCGGUGGUCUGAUACUGGACAUCAAGAGGAAAGCUCCGUUCUAUCUGAGUGACUUCAAGGAUGGCAUGAGCCUCCAGUGUGUGGCCUCCUUCCUCUUCCUCUACUGUGCCUGCAUGUCUCCUGUGAUCACCUUUGGAGGACUGCUGGGAGAAGCGACCGAGGGACGCAUUAGUGCCAUAGAGUCCUUACUCGGUGCGUCUAUGACUGGAGUAGCCUACUCUUUGUUUGCUGGUCAGCCUCUUACCAUUCUGGGCAGUACAGGUCCUGUGCUGGUUUUUGAGAAAAUCCUCUUCAAGUUCUGCAAGGACUACAACCUGUCUUAUCUGUCGCUGAGGACUUGCAUCGGCCUGUGGACGGCCCUGCUGUGUUUGGUUUUGGUUGCCACAGAUGCCAGCUCUCUGGUGUGCUACAUCACUCGGUUCACAGAGGAGGCCUUUGCCGCCCUUAUCUGCCUCAUCUUCAUCUACGAGGCCCUGGAGAAGCUCUUCAAACUGGGUGAAGACUACCCCUUCAAUACGCACAGCGAGCUCGACAAACUCACGCUGGCGUACUGUAGAUGUGCAGAACCUGAUAACCCCACUAAUAAAACCUUAGAGCUGUGGAGUGAGAGGAACAUCACAGCCUCUGCUGUAUCCUGGACCAACCUUACUGUCAAGGAGUGCAUCAGUCUGCAGGGCCAGUUCGUUGGAACCGCAUGUGGCCACCAUGGACCCUACACCCCAGACGUUCUCUUCUGGUCUACAAUCUUGUUUUUCUCAACCUUUUUCAUGUCAGCCUUUCUCAAACAAUUCAAGACCAGUCGUUAUUUCCCCACCAAGGUGCGCUCCAUGAUCAGUGAUUUUGCAGUGUUCCUCACCAUUUUUGUCAUGGUUCUGCUCGACUACGCCAUUGGAGUGCCCUCCCAGAAGUUGAAGGUGCCCAGCAAAUUCCAGCCUACCAGAGAUGACCGAGGUUGGUUAAUCAAUCCAAUAGGGCGCAACCCAUGGUGGACAGUCCUGGCUGCAUCUAUUCCUGCUCUUCUCUGCACCAUCCUCAUCUUCAUGGACCAACAGAUAACUGCUGUCAUCAUCAACCGCAAAGAGCACAAACUGCUGAAGGGCUGUGGGUACCACCUGGACCUGCUGAUGGUUGGGGUAAUGCUGGCGGUGUGCUCCAUCAUGGGCUUGCCCUGGUUCGUAGCGGCCACUGUCCUGUCCAUCUCUCAUGUCAACAGCCUUAAGCUGGAGUCAGAGAGCUCUGCUCCAGGAGAGCAGCCUCGCUUCCUGGGCAUCAGAGAACAGAGGUUCACUGGCCUGGUCAUCUUCCUGCUCAUGGGCUGCUCUGUGUUCAUGACUGGAGCUCUGCAGUUCAUUCCCAUGCCAGUGUUGUAUGGUGUUUUCCUUUACAUGGGAGUCUCUUCAUUAAAAGGCAUCCAGUUCUUUGACCGUCUGAAGUUGUUCGGCAUGCCGGCGAAGCACCAGCCAGACUUCAUCUACCUGCGCCACGUCCCCUUGAGGAAGGUGCACCUGUUCACUGUCACCCAGCUGACCUGUCUGGUGCUGCUCUGGGUCAUCAAGACAUCACCUGCUGCUAUCAUCUUUCCCAUGAUGGUUUUAGCAUUGGUUUUCGUCCGCAAGCUGCUGGACUUGUGCUUCUCUAAGCGAGAGUUAAGUUACUUGGAUGACUUAAUGCCUGAAUGGAAGAAAAAAAAUCUUGAUGAUGCCUCCAAAAAGAUAGAAGAGGAAUCAGAGAUUAUGCUGAGUGAAAAAAAGGAAGAUACAAUUCAGAUUCCCAUGGAGAGCAGCAAGCCUGCUCAGACCACAAAAGCACAUGACCCCAGGUGUGACCCCUCUGAUAUUAACAUAUCUGAUGAAAUGUCUAAAACCACCGUGUGGAAAUCCCUCAACUCCAAUCAAAAGGACACUCGUCCUGUGGCUGCUAAGAAGGAUUGAAGGGAUCGCGUUCAUAGAUGAGUAAAGGAUGUCUACAGUCCUGAAAGUCUCAGCUGUGUCACUCGACUAUAGUUCUGGACCACAGGACACUGCAAUUUGGCUGCUCUGACCGUCAGCCUCAUCAGUGCUUAGAGAAACAAGUCUGGAUGAUUUCUACCAGCUACCCAAAACACAUAAUAACGUCCAGAGACCAUACAAAGACGUACACAUGAACUUCUAUCUUUGUGAGGACUAGGAAUACAUUUAAAAUCUUAUUUUCCUGAAGCAAAGCUCUAAAAUGAAAACCAGUGCUAACCUUACCCUAACUCUGACCCCUUGAACUAGAAACUAGCACCAACCUUAGCAAUCUUGACCAUCUUUAACAAGGUACUUAUUGGAAAAACUUGAUUGCAACCACGUCAUUGUCUUCUACUUUCAGCUUAAACCAGACAAGGAAGAAAGGCCUUUGUUAUAGAUUCUGGCCAGUAUACUGCCUUUGCCUUUUCAGUCUAGUUGAGGUUGAAGGAUGAUAUACAGGAUGAACUCUUUCCUGUGGCAGCAUUCACCCUGUGAAAACUCGAUAACAUCGAAUAGCUCAGUUUUAAUUAAUUUGUAUAGAGCAACGAGACAGGCUCUGAUAAUGUAAUCUAGAGACAAAUCCUGGAGCUGCUCCCUUCACAGUCACAGUAAAUCAUGAAACAACUGCAAGGACACAGUAACAGUUGCUGGCAGCCAUGGUGUUUUCACUGAGAUAUGGGGACAUUUGCAGAUUCAUGUCUGAGAACAAUGUAUUUACUUAAAACUAAUCUGAAUGCAAUGUCUCCAACAGCCUCCAGUCAGUAAUUUUAGUGUUGCUGCUCUAUGUCCAAAAAGGACAGUUUGUUUUUAGUUCAUGGGGGCACAGCUGUUGCUUAUCUAUAAAUAACUUUACUGCCUGCAUCAAUGACAUGGCCCAUUGUAAAUUCCCUCGUUUAAUACUAGAACUAGCCGCACUAAUUGAAUUGAACCCUAGCACAGAUAUAAACUAGGAAUAUACCCAGUUGCCAGUUUUAUUAGAUACAACUAUGUAGUCUAAUAUGAUGGUCUUGCAGUCAUUUGAAUUGUUAUAAGUUAUAUAAAGUUGUAAAAUCCAGUUUCUGUUGAAGCUGUUUCAUAAAGGUGUUUAUUCAAUUGUAUGAUUAUUUUUGGAAGAUAAAGUUGUGGCACUGUUGAAUUGUACUGCAUUAUAUUGGCAGGUGCUUCUAUUACUUUGUCCACCUCGUUCAAGUUAAUAAGUGUAAUGAAUACCUUAUCUUCCAACCAUUUCACAUCUGCAAUAAUAGUUGUUUUUUGUGGCUAUUUUCAAGCUGUAAAACCAAAAUGGAAAUAGUCUUUAAGCCUCACCUUUAAAGGUGAUACUGGCACUAACAUUUGCUUAUUAGUGACUCCUGCCUACAACAUGAGUCAACUAUUGUUCUUCUGCGUGUUUCUUGGCAGUUUUAUUAUUCAUUUUCCG